CUGUCUGUAACAUCCACCACGCCAAAACUUCCAGGCCAAUCGCCACGAAUUGUGCAUGAAGACUGCGUUUCACACCACAAUGCAAACGCACGCUUCGGUAUUUAGACGGUCCCCUCUCGAGGAGUCGACCCUCACAUGAAAUCUCGCGACGACGUGACCGCGGUGCGACUUCGAAUUUUGACACGUACUAUCCCCAUGCACAUGCCACGAAAGACGGUCGAUUUCUCGCCGAUUGAAACUAGCCGUUUCGUGCCUGGGUUUCGCUCUAACGGCGGAUGGAGUGUAUUCCCUACUUCCGCAUUGAAGUGAGUCAUGAAUGGGACGUCUGUUGUUCUUACCACAAUCACAUAUCUACCACGAAGGCACCAGUAUACACAGGACAUAAACGUACUGGCCUUGGUACGCCAAACUACAUGGCCAUUCUCAUGACUAAACGUAUUCACCAGUUGACAGAUCCAAAUGAUUAUGAAGAAUCACUAUGUGGAGCUGUUCUCACUGUAACUGCAACAGAAAAUGGAAUCUUGGUUGGGUGCAACAAAUCUGGAGGUUCUCCUCUUUCAUCUCAGGAUUUGGCAUUGUAUGUCAACAUUGCAGUGGAACGUGCCAAAGUGGUGACGUCCUUGAUAAACACGGUGUAGAAAUGGUAACAAGUGAAUGUAUUAACAUCAUGAAUAUAAAAA